AUAGUCUCCCCCUCCAACUCCGAGUAAGUUUCGAAUUUCCCAAUUUAUGUCGAAUUAAAUGUUUCUCCAAAAAAUAAACAACACGUUUAUAUUCACCAACUCUUCGACCCUAAAACCUUUCAACUUCAGGAAAUUCGACGAUCAAAUCAAACAGUCAUGGCUGGAGUUGCACCUGAUGUAUCACAAUAUGAUGCUCGUCAAUACGACAGUAAAAUGAAUGAAUUGCUUGCUGAUGAUGGAAAUGACUUCUUUACUACUUAUGACGAGGUCUACGAGAGCUUUGAUAAAAUGGGUUUGCAAGAAAACCUCCUAAGAGGCAUCUAUGCUUAUGGGUUUGAGAAGCCAUCUGCAAUUCAACAAAAGGGAAUCGUGCCCUUUUGUAAAGGUUUAGAUGUAAUUCAACAAGCACAAUCAGGUACCGGUAAAACGGCAACUUUCUGUUCUGGGAUCUUACAACAGCUGGACUAUGGUUUAGUACAAUGUCAAGCUUUGGUUCUUGCUCCCACUAGGGAGCUUGCGCAACAGAUUGAGAAAGUUAUGCGUGCACUUGGUGAUUAUUUGGGUGUAAAGGUUCAUGCAUGUGUUGGUGGAACUAGUGUCCGGGAGGAUCAACGAAUCCUUGCAGCUGGCGUACAUGUUGUUGUUGGUACCCCUGGUCGUGUUUUUGACAUGCUUCGCAGGCAGUCUCUUCGUGCAGAUUAUAUUAAGAUGUUUGUCCUCGAUGAAGCUGAUGAAAUGCUCUCUCGUGGUUUUAAAGAUCAAAUCUACGACAUAUUCCAGCAACUCCCCCCGAAAAUACAGGUUGGUGUUUUUUCUGCAACCAUGCCACCCGAGGCUCUUGAAAUUACCAGGAAGUUUAUGAACAAACCAGUCAGGAUUCUUGUGAAGCGUGAUGAGCUCACCCUCGAAGGUAUUAAGCAGUUUUAUGUCAACGUUGACAAGGAGGAGUGGAAGCUCGACACGCUUUGUGAUCUCUAUGAAACUUUAGCUAUAACUCAGAGCGUGAUCUUUGUUAACGCCAGACGCAAAGUUGAUUGGCUUACCGAUCAAAUGCGGAGCCGUGAUCACACAGUAUCCGCCACCCAUGGAGAAAUGGACCAGAACACUCGUGAUAUCAUCAUGCGCGAGUUUCGAUCGGGAUCUUCUCGUGUGCUGAUCACCACUGAUCUAUUGGCUCGAGGGAUUGAUGUCCAGCAGGUCUCGUUGGUUAUUAACUAUGAUUUGCCAACACAACCGGAGAACUAUCUUCAUCGUAUUGGUCGAGGUGGUCGGUUUGGGAGGAAAGGUGUAGCGAUCAACUUCACAACACGAGAUGAUGAACGGAUGCUUGCCGAUAUCCAAAGGUUCUACAAUGUAGUGAUAGAGGAACUGCCUGCAAAUGUUGCGGAUUUGAUCUGAUUGAGUCAGCAUUUUCAUACACAAGAGCAAAGGUUGCUUUAGUAAAAAAAAAAAAAAAAGAAAAAAGAAAAAAGAUUGUUUGUUUUGUGAGUGAAAAGGUUAAAGUGGAUUUGGCAUUCUUGACUUCAUUAUAAUCAUUGUUCUCUUUAUUUACAUUACUUAGAUAUUUUUAUUUUUUUAAAGAAUGGUAUUUAAUUCAUAUUUUGAUA